CCUUCAACUCUUCUCAGGAACCUUCAACUUUCCUUGCUGGGCAAAGCCAUCAUGAGUUGUCAGAUUACGUGCAAACCUCGAAGAGCAGGAGGAGGUGGAGGAGGAUUCCGGAGCUUCAGCAGUGGCUCGGCUGUGGUCUCUGGCGGGAGCCGGAGAUCAGGCACCAGCUUCUCCUGUUUGAGCCGCCAUGGCGGUGGCGGUGGCGGUGGCGGAGGCGGCUUUGGCAGUCGGAGUCUUGUUGGCCUUGGAGGAACCAAGAGCAUCUCUAUUAGUGUGGCCGGAGGAGGUGGAAGCUUUGGCUCCGGUGGUGGAUUUGGUGGCAGAGGAGGUGGCUUUGGAGGUGGCUUCGGAGGUGGCAGUGGCUUCGGAGGUGGCAGUGGCUUCGGAGGUGGUGGCUUCGGAGGUGGCAGUGGCUUCGGAGGCGGUGGCUUCGGAGGCGGUGGUUUUGGAGGAGGCGGCUUUGGUGGAGGCCGCAUGGGAGGUGGUGGCGGCUUUGGAGGUCCUGGGGGUCCUGGUGGCUUUGGGCCUGGAGGAUUCCCUGGUGGAGGCAUCCAUGAAGUCUCCAUCAACCAGAGCCUCCUGCAGCCUCUCAAUGUGAAAGUUGACCCCGAGAUCCAGAACGUGAAAGCCCAGGAGCGGGAGCAGAUCAAAACUCUCAACAACAAAUUUGCUUCCUUCAUCGACAAGGUGCGGUUCCUGGAGCAGCAGAACCAGGUAUUGCAGACCAAAUGGGAGCUGCUGCAGCAAAUCAAUGUCAGCAGCCGUUCCACCAACCUGGAACCCAUCUUUCAAGCAUAUAUUGGCCAACUGAAGAAAUAUGUGGAUUCGCUGUCUGCAGAAAGGACAACACAAGAUUCAGAGCUGAGCAACAUGCAGGAUCUCGUUGAGGAAUAUAAGAAGAAGUAUGAGGAUGAAAUCAACAAGCGCACAGCUGCUGAGAAUGAUUUUGUGACACUUAAAAAGGAUGUGGACAAUACCUACAUGGCCAAGGUGGAGCUGCAAUCCAAAGUAGACGUGCUGAGCCAGGAGCUUGAGUUCAUGAAAGCCCUCUUUGAGGCGGAGCUGUCCCAGGCGCACCAGACUAUCACUGACACCAAUGUUAUCCUGUCCAUGGACAACAACCGCAACGUGGACCUGGACAGCAUCAUCGCCGAGGUCCAGGCCCAGUAUGAGGAGAUUGCUUUUAGAAGCAAGGCUGAGGCCGAGGCCCUCUACCAGAGCAAGUAUGAGGAGCUCCAGAUCACUGCUGGGAAACAUGGAGACAGCAUGAAAGAGAUCAAGAUGGAGAUCCAUGAGCUGAACCGCAUGAUCCAGAGGCUGAAAGGGGAGAUUGACCACGUGAAGAAGCAGUGUAAGAAUGUGCAAGACUCCAUUGCAGAUGCUGAGCAAAGGGGAGAGCAUGCCAUCAAAGAUGCCAAGAACAAGCUCAAUGAGCUGGAGGAGGCCCUACAGCAGGCCCGGGAGGAUCUGGCCCGGCUCCUGAAGGACUACCAGGACCUCAUGAACACCAAGCUGGCCCUGGAUGUGGAGAUCGCCACCUACAGGAAGCUGCUGGAGGGCGAGGAGUACAGGAUGUCUGGAGACCUCAGCAGCAGCGUGACUGUGUCUGUGACAAGCAGCACUAUUUCUACAAGUGGGACAUCCAAGUCUGGCUCUGGAGGCUUCGGUUCUGGAGGUAGAGGAUCUGGUUCUGGAGGAGGAGGAGGAGGAGGAGGAGGAUAUGGCUCUGGAAGCAGCAGUUUCGGCUCUGGAGGCAGAGGGUCAAGCUCCAGAAGUGGCGGUGGAGGAGGCAGUGGAGGCGGCAGUUCCAGAGGAGGCUCCGGCUCCGGAGGAGGCUAUGGUUCUGGAGGAGGAUAUGGCUCUGGAGGAGGCUCUAGAGGAAGCUCUAGAGGAGGCUCUAGAGGAAGCUCUGGAGGGGGGUAUGGCUCUGGAGGUGGUACUAAAUCAGGAGGGGGAGGUUUUAGCUCUGAGAAGGGUGGCUCCAGUGAAAGUUACAGUUCCAACGUAAGCUUCUCUUUUAGAUAAAGAUGGAGUUCUGCUCCUGAUUCUCCCACUCCAGAAUGUAGAGGCCUGUCUUUGUACAUCUAAUUGACAGACAGCAAAUCAAACCUUGUCAUCCACCUCUGAUAGCAUUUUGGAGGAAAGGGAUGCCUACAUUAAAUUUUUCAAAUAUCUCCUCUCCAAACAAAUUAGUUGAAGCCACUGACACCUUCUGUCCCCUGG